AUGGCAGGAGGUUGCGACAGUGAGUUGGGGGCCCACACUGGUGCUCUCGGCUGGGGAGGAGGACGUUUCCCUGCCCUCUGGGUUUCCGGGGGUCCUCGGGGCAGCUCCAAUAAAGUCCCGGUGACAAAGCUGAGCCGUCUCCCGCUGUACGCCGGCGUUGUGCGACGUUUCCCCGCGGCGGGGCCGCCUCGGCAGGACAACCACCUCCGGUAUCACGGCGCAGCCAAUGGGAGCGCGCACCGCCCGCCGCGCAGCCAAUGGGAGCGCGCACCGCCCGCCGCGCAGCCAAUGGGAGCGCGCACCGCCCGCCGCGCAGCCAAUGGGAGCGCGCACCGCCUGCCGCGCAGCCAAUGGGGGCGGGCCGUGGCUGCAGGCGGCGGCGAGCUGGGGCUGCGCUGGGCAGUCGCGGCCAUGCCCGAGUGCCCGGAGCUGCACCUGGCCGGGCGCUUCAUCAACGGGGCGUGCGGAGCGCUGGUGUUCACGGGCGGCGUGGAACGCUCGGCGGUGGGCCGCGGCCCGGAGGUGCCCUUCCGCAGCGAGGCCUACCGCAUCUCGGCCAUUGCCCGGGGCAAGGAGCUGCGGCUGACGCUGAGCGCGCUGGACCCCGCCGGUGCCACCCCCCCGCAGGACCUCGUGUUUCGCUUCGGCAUGUCGGGGUCGUUCCGGCUGUGCCCCGCCGCCGAGCUGCCCCGCCAUGCCCACCUCCGCUUCCUCACCCGCGAGAGCCCCCCGCGCGCCCUCUGCUUCGUCGACCCCCGGCGCUUCGGGUCUUGGCGCCUGGGGGACGCCUGGCAGCCGGAACGCGGGCCCUGCGUCGUCUCCGAGUACCAGGCUUUCAGGGGGAAUGUGCUGAAGAACCUGGAUGACAGGGCUUUUGACAAGCCCAUCUGUGAGGUCCUCUUAAACCAGAAAUAUUUCAAUGGAAUUGGGAAUUACCUGCGUGCUGAGAUCCUUUACAGGUUGAAGAUCCCUCCCUUUGAAAAAGCUCGGACUGUGCUGGAGGCCCUGAAGGAUCAGGAGCAGGAGAGGAGGAAGAAGGAUCCUUCCCUGACACUGAGCAAGAAGGUGAAGCUGAAGCAAGAGAACCCAGAUCUGUUGGAGCUGUGCCACAUGGUACCCAUGGAGGUCAUCAUGGCAGAGAAGCAGCUCUUGGACCCUGAGCACUCGGAUAACUAUGCUGCCUUCAAGAACUGGCUGCAGUGUUACCUGGUGCCUGGCAUGAGCUCCCUGCGUGACCGCAGUGGCAGGACCAUAUGGUUCCAGGGAGAGCCUGGCCCGAUGGCUCCCAAAGGGCAGAGACCCCGCAAGACACCCCGCAAGAAGAGCCCUCAGCUGAAGGCAGACCCUGAGGCAUCGACCCCCAAGGUCACCCCACGUGCCUUGAAAAAGCACCGCAGGGCUGCAGUGAACCCCCUGAAGUCAGAGGAGAAGGAGGAAGAGAAGGAAGGGGAGGCUGACAGGCCAAGGAAGGGACGUGCUUGCAGGAGGAGGAAAGCAACCGCUGCUCCAGCCUUGCCUGAGCCUGAGGUGCCUCUGAGUGUCAGAAGAAGCCGCCGGAUAUCUGCCCACAGGGGCAAAGGUGAGACUGGCAGCCCCUGUAGCUUUGGUGCAGAGAUGGGGGCUGUGGGAGAGCUCCCUUGUGGCAAGGGGACUGAGGGGUGCCAAAAGGCAGGAGAGGAGCCCAUGGGGCAGAACCAGAUAUCCCCCUGCCCUCUGACUCCUCAUUUCCCUCUCCAUUCUCCAGGUGCAGCCCCUGCUGUGUGAGUAUCACCCACUGCCACCUCCUGAGGGGCAUUUAAGGGGCCAAGAGGAGCUCAGGGAGGGCCUGGCCACAGACCCGGGUUAGUGCUAGGGAAAAUGGAGCUAGUCUGUACCUGUGCUCACACUUGCUGCUGUUGCUUCUUGCCAGUGUGGGAGGGAGAAGCUGAGCUUGGUGAUGGGGCUUUUUCCUGCUGUCCACAGGCAUUUGAGGGGAAGAAGGGCCAGGACCACAUGUUGUGCUGGACUCUGACUCCUCCCUCACCCUCCUCCUUUUCUGGCUGCUGAUCCCAUCACUGUUUUUAGCUGACUAAUAAAGUAUUUUGUGUAGAAAUCA